ACAAGUUAUGGACGAAAAACAUAUGUAUAAAAGCAGCAAACCAAACCAUACACAAACUCCAAAGGGAAUAGUACAUUCAGACAAUGACACGUCUUUACUACUAACAAGAGAAAAAGAAAAAAAGAUAUCGAGUGAAAGAGUAGUAAAUAUUGGAGUGGGGCAACUAAAUAUUCGCACACGCCGUUUAUUUCCCACGUGCGUGAUAACAACUCAACGGAGGCUGCUGCUGCUGCUCCUCUCUCUUCUCUUCUUCACACCAUCCAAAGGCAUCUCUCAUGCAUUUUGCGUUAUUAUAUAAACAGCCAACUUCCUCACGAAAUCUUACACCCAAACAACACACAAUAAGAGAAGAAACAGUUUCUAUAUAUAUAUACUCGAGAAAGAAACAAUGGCGACCUCAAGCGUGAAGACCAUUCCAAUGGCGAUCCCAAAUUUCUCCAUGUGCCACAAGCUCGAGCUCCUCAAGGAAGGCAAAACCCGCGACCAGAAACACGGAGGAGAUCAUGACGAAGGCUUGAGCUACGAGUUCCAAGAGAUGUUGGACUCUCUUCCAAAGGAGAGGGGAUGGAGAACUCGUUACCUUUACCUCUUCCAAGGGUUCUGGUGCCAAGCCAAGGAGAUUCAAGCUAUCAUGUCCUUCCAACGACAUUUCCGGCCCUUUCCCAACGACGUCGUUCUCGCUACCAUUCCUAAAUCCGGUACGACCUGGUUGAAAGCUUUAACUUUUACCAUCCUUAACCGUCACCGGUUUGAUCCGGUUUCCUCAAGCACCGACCACCCUCUUCUCACUUCCAACCCUCAUGACCUCGUACCUUUCUUCGAGUACAAGCUUUACGCGGACGGAGCUGUUCCGGACCUCUCGGGUCUAGCCAGGCCCAGAGCAUUCGCAACCCACGUCCCUUUCGGUUCCCUCAAGGAUUCAAUCGAGGAGCCUGGUGUGAAGGUCGUCUACUUGUGCCGGAACCCGUUUGACACAUUCAUCUCCUCGUGGCAUUUUAUCAACAACAUCAAAUCCGAGUCAGUGAGCCCAGUCUCGUUAGACGAAGGGUUUGAUCUGUAUUGCCGGGGAGUGAUCGGGUUUGGCCCGUUCUGGGAACACAUGUUGGGGUACUACCGAGAGAGCUUAAAGAGACCAGAGAAAGUCUUGUUUCUAAAGUACGAGGAUCUCAAAGAAGACAUCGAGACCAACUUGAAGAAGCUUGCAAAUUUCUUGGGACUUCCUUUCACCGAAGAAGAGGAACGUAAGGGAGUUGUGAAGGCCAUCGCUGAUCUUUGUAGCUUCGGGAAUAUGAAGAAGCUGGAGGUGAACAAGUCAAAGAAGUCGAUCAAGAACUUUGAGAAUCGGUUCUUGUUUAGGAAAGGAGAAGUGAGUGACUGGGUUAACUAUUUGUCGCCUUCACAAGUGGAAAGGUUGUCAGCCUUAGUGGAUGACAAGUUAGGUGGAUCUGGUCUCACUUUCAGGUUGAGCUAAAGUAUCAAGACCACGUGGCGCAUCUCUAAUCUUGUUUAUUCCGAGGGCCUAUAAGUUAAGGCAGUUGUAUUGUUCUUACAGAUAGACAAUGAAGCAACGUCCACAAUAUAGUUUGUCGUGUUUCUUUUUUUUUUUUUUUUGGUCAACAUCGAAGUUUGUCGGGUUUUAUUUCAAUAAAUAUCAUUUUGUGUUUGCCAUUAUGUUUUCAUUUUGUACCAGUGUGUUAUUGUUCAUGUGUGUAACUGGAUGUAUAGAC